AUGGGCCAACGAAAUCUAUCCCCCAUACGUCAAACAGACGCUCCAGCUCGACCACCGGACUCGAUCGAGUCCAAACAGAGGAAACUCAACUCGAUCGAGCUGACAGUCGAGCUGACCAGGAGGAGCCCCAUUUCGAGGAUCCGGGAUUUGAAUACGAUCCCAUGCCUUACCAGGAGCCUCCCCGGAGUAGAUGGAACCCCUAUGGACAGUACGAGCUACCAAUGCUCCACCAAGGCCAAGGAAGUCACACACAUUUCAACGAUGAAGAAGAGGAGGAAGAGGAGCCACAAGCUCGAUCGAGUGAGCCGCAAGAGGCAACCCCAGUUGUAUGGAGCGCUCCUGAUGGCCAUCUUCCAUCUCCAGACCAUGACCUAG